AUGAGAGGUGCGUUCGGCCAAAUUAUUCGCAACAUUAUAGGUGGUGAUGGUGCAGAGAGGAUUCCACCAACAACAUCAAAUAGACGACGAAACGAAGCAAAUCGUCCAAUUAGGCAGCGUCGUCGAAGACAAGACAUCCAUGAUGAUGUCCCUGAGCCUCAGAUGGAGGAGGAUGUCUCAUUGGUUUUCCUUUAUGACAACAUGGGAGAUGGGGCUGUCCACGACACUCGACAGUUGGGAGGUUACAUGACCCUUUUACAGCGCUGGAUUUACGAACACUUCCCUAGGAUCUGUAAGCGGGGCGAUAGAGGUGCGGUUCCUGCACAUCUUCCAAGAGCAUGUAGGUGGAUUGCAAAACAUGCUGUUGAAGGUGGAUUAGUGACCUAUCGGCAGAGACUUGAUGCUUUGUUGCUUGAAGAUGUAGUGUUUACACCAUAUGAUGAUGAUCGAGCUAAUCAUCGGUUUGAAGAUAUUUCGAUGUUCUCUGGUUAUCUUCGAUGUGGUGGAGUCUCAGACUAUUAUCCAUGGUACAUGUCUGUGUCACAUCCUCUGAUCAUUCAUCGGUCUACUGCACAUGCGGGUACAUCCUCUGACCAUCCAUCUGACCAUCCAUCUGCACAUCCAUCAUCUGCUGCACAUGUGGGUACAUCAUCUGCUGCACAUACUGGUCCAUCAUCUUUUGACCGAGAUCGUAGAGCAGCUGAGCUUGUACAUAGAGCCAUUAAUUUGGUAGAGCCGUUUAGUGAAAUUCAUGAGAUUUUAAGUGAGCUAAGUCUUUUGUACGAUGAUUAG